CAAGCAGAGAGACCGCACUAACCAGCAGGCAGCUUCCGGAUGGCCUUUGUACCAGCAGGCGUGAAUUGGACUCAGAAUUGGCAAUAACAAACUCUGUUAGAGCAGGAGCAAUGAAACCGUGGACAGCCAGAAGAAGGGGACACUGAAGUCUGAACGAGACGCAACGCCCACAAUCCCCCAGGCCAGCAGCAGAAAUAGUGUGGAGUCGAGGCACCCUGUGUGUGUGCUCCGCUGUGACGCAGUUACACAACAAAAUUCUCUGUGCAGAGAAGUAGGCGCCCAGGGGCAGGGGCACACGAUUUUAAGUCAACUAUCAUCGCCACAAGCUGCCAGCUAAAUCAAAGUGUGUGUGCCGCUACCGCACACUCCGUGGAGCUCUGACGCCGAGCCGGCAGAAGCCCCCCGAAAGCCCCCGAAGCUCAGGGUCACGAAGGCCGCAGUUUUCACUUUUAUUCACUGUCUCUCUGUUGGGCGAGUUCAUUAGCGGACAAUCACAAUGGUUGUGACGGCCUCCACCUGCCGCACAGAGACGGUGUUCGAUUACAGCUGGAAGGACGUUGUGGUGGCCUACUGGAACCGCUACCCAAAUCCCUACAGCACACACGUCCUCACCGAGGACACCAUCUCGCGAGAGGUGCGCGAUGGCAAGCUACGCUCGCGGAGACUGCUCUCCAAGACCAAUCCCGUGCCAAGGUGGGGAGCUCGAUUCUACAACAAUUUGCCGGUCAAGAUUGUUGAGGACUCGGUGCUGGAUCCGGUCAAGAAGACGCUCACCACAUACACCAGGAAUCUGGGCAUGAAGAAGAUAAUGAACGUCGAAGAAAUCGUCGUGUACAGCGAGCAGCCGGACGGAAGUACACUGGCCGAGCGACGGGCCUUUGUCAGUUCCCAGGUCCUAGGAUUCUCCCGCGCCAUCCGAGCCUUUGGACUCGAGCGUUUCAAGUCCAAUGGCGUCAAGGCCUUCAAUGGCUUCAAUCACGUGCUGCGGCGAAUGUUCCCGCACAGCCACUUGGGUGGACAGCAUCACCAGCCAGCUAUAGCGGCCCCAAGUGAUUUGUCCGUGGCCACAUCCACCACGGCAACGUCCUCCAUCAGCAGUCACAGCAGCAGCACCACGGAUAGGCUCAAGGGCGCCACCAAAGUGGGCUACGAGUUCUUCAAGAGUCACGCCUCCAAGAUUGCGCAACUGUUUUCCGUCAAGAACUGAAGGGUGGCCUGUUGACCCGAUCAAUUGUAUGAUCUAAGUCUAAGAUCUAAGUCUUCGGUUCCGGGGUAGAACACCGGACUGAGCUGGCCUGUGGAGAAGCGAAGGAGUGGGAGGCGGACGGAGGCAUCGGCUGCUGUAUUUCACAUGUAUUCCAAACUUAAAACCAACUAGAUACUUUGCUGCAUUUCAUUCCGUGUGUGCGCGAGCCAGCCGGCAGAACCGAACGGAGGCACUAUUUGCUGAACACAUUUUCUGCAUCCUCUACAAAAUUCUAUAAUUUAUCAUUAGUAAGUUGCACUCUAUUAUUAUUACCUCUGAAUGUUGAGCCAGAAAGACGAAAUCUAGAAACAUGACGUGUGUUAAAUUUGGUAUUUCUAUUGUCAACUGUUGUAUAUUUUUAUUUUCAAAAAAAGCGCACACGCGUAGUUAACUGAAUAAAAAAAAAAGGAAACAAAAA